AUGUCUAGAUGGCAUGAACGCGGUUGCGGCCGCCCUGAUGUUGUGGUUUGCAGUGGCCUACCGUGUUGUCAAUCUUGCUACGCCGUAGCAUCAACUGACGACGUUCAGUUCGAAACUACUUUGCGGAUACCACAAGCCCCUGUUCUCGAGAAUGACUCCACGCACAACCUUCGAUGGCCAGCAUGCGUCGAUUAUCUCGACUCUGAGCCUGGAAUCCCCCCAACUACGUCUACUAGCUUAUGCCCCGGCCCAAAAAUUCCUUCUGGAAGGAAAGCAAGUUCUUGUCGACCAAACGUCUCCUCUAAAAAGCCAAGCGCAUCUUCGAAGGAUCCCACGACCACCGAUGAGCGGCCACUGAAACGGAGACGACUCUUGGUCGGUGAUGAGCCAUAUCAGCCUUCAAGGUGCUACACGAUUCUAUGCAGCGACGAAGAAAUAAGAAUACUCGAACUAGAACCGGGGAACAGCGAUAGUCUUCUGCAUGCAAACUUCCGGAACGUCCGAUUGGAUUCGGAGAGAGCGACGUACGAGGCCCUUUCCUAUACUUGGGCCGAUUCGUCUGGAGAGUCUCACCGAUGCAGACCGAUGUUUAUUGGAUCCUAUUGGGAUGUCAUUCCCAUCACCCGCAAUUGCGAAGAUGCCCUUCGUACCGUUCGACUGGAUAGAAGCUCUCGGUCUAUUUGGGCGGAUUCACUUUGCAUCAACCAGGAUGACGACGAGGAGCGAAAUGCACAGGUCGCUCUUAUGUCACGAAUAUACGAUACUGCCACCGGCGUUUUGGCAUACCUUGGGCCGGCCACUGACGACAGCGACAAAGCGCUCAGUGCCAUUCUCAACUCAACGUCCCGUGGUGAUUGCGGUCAUCGAAGAGGCGAGAGAAAAGCUUGUGCAGAUUGCGAACUACCUAUCCGGGUGCUUCUCGACCGACCAUACUUCCGGAGACUGUGGGUGGUACAGGAAGUUGUUUUGAGUAGGACACUGACGCUCUACUGCGGUUCGAAGUCAACUCGGUGGCCUUCCUCGGAGAUGCUGAGUUCAAUUUACCACGAUCUGCAUUCUUGGAUAACAACAUGGCAGAGUGCUACAACGCGUCCUCUACCAAAUUUUCUCAAACUCAUGAUGGAUACCUGUAAUUGCUUAUGCAAGGAUCCACGCGACAAAGUAUUCGCUCUGCUCGGCUUGGUGUGGCGAUGGAAUAGGUGGCCAGUCUUUCCAGAUUACAGGCUUACCGUGGAAGAAGUUAGCAUUGGCAUUGCAGCAUAUUUGACGCAGAGAUGUGGCCUCGGUAAGGCUGUGUUAGUCUUCGCAGGUGCGAACCGAGCUCGGCGAGUCACUCUGCCAUCUUGGGUCCCAGAUAUACUAGUGCCGUUUUGUGAAAACAGGGGCAUUCCGGCCGACUUCGAGAGGCUCUGGAUGGACGAAAGCACAGGUGGCGGCAAAGCGGCAGAGUUCCACAACAUGGGAUCUCUCACAUUGCUACCACUCUCUCCCUACGACAUCCGUAUUAUGUCGCGGAGCGGGCAUUUGAAGGUCACAGCGAUCGAGAUAUGCAAUCUUCGCGAGUUCUUCACUGAAAAAGGCCAAUUCGAAUACCGACAGCCAUUCGUUCGGCAUGGAUCCAAGCACGAACCGAAAAUGAAAGCCAGCUUGCUUUUCCCAAAACCAUCGCCAAUGUUCCCAGAUACUACCAAAGAGAUUGAUAUCUCUCAGCACAUUCAACAACAGGAUGGAAUUUUCUGGCUUCAUGGAGUCAAUGGAUAUGCGGUGUUAAGGCCGAUCUGUCCUACUUCAACUUAUCAUCCUUUGUGUGCUUGUGAUUUAGUAUUUGAGAACCCCGAAACCCCUCAAAGCAAAGACAUGAGCUUUAAGCCUUUCACACAGAGUGACUCCACAGAACCUGAAAAGCAAAAGAAGAAUCUUAUAGAAGAGUUUAGGCUGAUGAUUGAAGAUAAUUGCGUGGCGCGAAUGUCGGAAUUGCCAGCAAAAUCACUCUUGUUGAAACUUGCAACGUACAUCAACCGCCAUGGGGACGACUCAAAAAUCCGUCUUUGGAAGAUAUGGAAGCAACACGAAGUUAAACUCAAGCCUUACCUUGAAGAUGAGCGUGGCAUUGCGCUACUACUACGUGGCAUAACUGAGGCACAGCGCAUCACCUUGGGACGCGAGCGAGAUGGUAGCCCUCGCCAGGCCUUCUUGUACAAAGGCUGUAUACUGAGGUCUCCCAAGGCUAUCUCAACUCUGUUAUGGUCGCUGUUGCCCAGAACGAGACAACGCGGCAAAAGUUCCCUUGGCGCGGACAAUCUUUUGCUUUCAGUUGAAGAGGUAUUAAAGGGCUUUCAGGAAUGGGCGGAUGUCACAAGCGAUCUUGUGUUUGCUACGGCCCAUUCAAUCGAAUACGAGGAAGAGUCCCUUUUCGGACUACGAUCUUGUUUGGAGAUUCAAGAAGAUUGGUUUCAAGCAUUUGAAAGCUUUCGGCGCAGCAAGAUGUCCGAAAGGAGUAGUCUGGGAUCCAUGGAGAUUAUUGCAGAUGUCCUAACAUGGUUCCCACUUAUCAAGCAGGAGCUUCGCCAAAAGCACUCUUCUGUUUACAUCAAUGUAGAGCCAGAAUCCAUGCUGGGACCUCACACGAGGCACAGGGAAUGGUCAGGUUAUGAUAGAAACCAGAUGUGGAACUGGGAACUUGUAGGACACAAUUUUCGAGAAAUGGUGGAAGAUUUCGCAAUACCUGGACCAACACGAAUGGUUGGGCUCAUGGCGAGAUACGUCACCUGA